AUGCGCAGGGAGGCGAAAAUGCGAGAAUUCGUCAAAAACGGUGCUGUCGAAUCGAAACCUGAAGAGUCUUUCUCGUUCAGAGUAACAUGCAAUCGUGCUGGAGAGAAGAGUCGUCACAACUUCUCUUCUAUGGAUGCGGCAAGAGCAUUGGGAGGAAUAAUUAACCGUGUUUUUGGCUGGCGUCCUGACAUGGAGAACUUCGAUAUGGAAGUUCUGCUCAACAUAAGAAAUGACAUGAAGAAGCUUACCGUAGUUCGUCAUGAAAUAGCAUCGGCCAACUACAAGAUCGACGAUGCUUGGAAGAAGAGCGAAAGAGACCCGAAGAGUUUGGACAAGCUCCGCGAGUUGAAAGAAAGUAGACGUCGCAGUGAAAGCGAGCUCCUGCGUAAGAUCGACAAGACAAAGGAACGCAUGCGCAAGAGCUACGAACAAAAGGAACGGCAACACGGAGCUCAUCGUGACCAGUCACCUCGACCGAGCACCUCUCGUGGCGGAGUAUAG